UCCUUUGUUGUAAUCGACCAGUGAUUGACCGGUCGAUGCUAACAUGUCCCUGUAGUAAGUAUGUAACUUCUACGUAGCACGACCAGCGCCUUUCGGAAAUUGCCCCCUCCCUCCCCAUUCAACCAACAAUCAAGUGCGGGAGAUGCCUGGAUGCAGCUUGGGCAUUCAGCCUCCUGCCCCAGACAGAAGGUCAUGCCCAUCCUUAUUUUCUGUCCAGCAACAACGUCGCAGGAUUGACCGUCCGAACCACAACGAUGUCCCCAGAUCAAGAAAGGUCGCUCUACGAUUGGCGAUUCUGGUUGAUUUUCGCCGGUCUGUCUGUCACCUCACUUCUAACGGCCGUCGAAUCUACCGUCACCUCCACGGCUCUCCCGACGAUUUCGCGUGACUUGAAUGCCGGCGAAGCUUAUAUCUGGUUUGUGAAUGCCUUUUUCCUCUCAAGCACCGCAUUCCAGCCCCUCUACGGUCAAUUAGCAGAUGUAUUUGGGCGACGAUGGCCUCUGAUCUCUGCCGUCUCGUUCUUCGCUCUGGGGAGUGGGAUUAGUGGAGGCGCGAAAUCGACGGCCAUGCUCAUCGGAGGACGAGCGGUCCAGGGAAUAGGACUCGGUGGCGUGAACAUGUUGAUUGAUAUUGUGAUAUGCGAUCUCGUCCCCCUCCGCGAGCGAGGCCAGUUCAUGGCUUUGAUAUUUGUCGUCUUCGCCGUCGGAUCUUCCAUCGGCCCAUUUGUCGGGGGUGCCUUGACACAGCAUGUCACCUGGCGAUGGUCAUUCUACAUCAGUCUACCAAUUGCGGGGGUCGCCUUGCUUCUGAUGCUGCUGUUCCUGCAGGUGAAAUAUCAAAAGGAGACGACGUUGGCACACAAAUUGAAACGAAUUGACUGGCUGGGCAACACAAUACUGGUCGCUGCAGUGGUAGCAGUCCUGAUCGCGCUUAGCUUCGGUGGCACAAUCUAUGACUGGUCGAGCUGGCAUGUAAUUGUACCUCUUGUACUUGGACUUCUGGGCCUUGUUGUCUUUCACACUCUACAGACCACGCGCCUCUGUCCUGAGCCAACAAUCCCGCCAAGGCUCUUCAUGAACCGGACCUCGCUUGCGGCGUUCAUCCUCAGUUUCUUGCACGGCAUGCUGCUCUACUGGGCCCUUUACUUCUUACCGGUCUACUUUCAGGGAGUUAAGCUCAGCACACCCACUCGUUCUGGCGUACAGAUUAUUCCCACGGUCAUCGUGGUCGUUCCGGCAGCGAUCUUCGCCGGUGCGGUUCUCACCAAAACCGGCCGAUACAAAUGGAUCCAAAUUGCCGGGUUUGCGUUCAUGACACUCGGAAUGGGGCUAUUCACCCUUCUCGACAAAGACUCCGAUACGGGGAAAUGGACUGGUUUCCAGAUUCUGGCCGCCAUCGGAUCCGGUCUAAUCAUCACGUCCACCCUCCCUGCCGCCCAAGCCGAGCUUCCAGAAAGCGACGUCGCCGCGUCGACCGCAACGUGGGCGUUCCUCAGAUCCUUCGGAUCGGUCUGGGGCGUAGCCAUUCCAGCCACCAUCUUCAACAAUCGAUUCUCAUCCAGCGUUGCGGCCUCCGGUUUGGACACGCAUCCAGAGGCCGGUGCCAUCCUGCGUGUCAGCGACGCAUAUCAGCAGGCGUCCCGCGAAUUCGUGCACAGGUUCCCGGAAGAACUGCAAACUGAUAUCAUUCGCGCUUACACCGACGCGCUGCAGCGUGUGUGGCAGAUCUCGAUCAUCUUUGCCGGGUUGGGAUUUCUUAUUGCGUGGAUGGAGAGAGAGGUGGAGCUGCGCACGACGCUGGAGACGGAAUAUGGUCUAAAGGACCGUGAGGGUGAGAGAAGGGAUGGAGAAACGGUUGAGGAAGGAGUGGUCGCUAAAGGUAAGCAGGGUGGGGUUGUUUCUGGCGGGUGAUUUCGAUAUUCUAUCAGGUUCCUGAUACCCAUGUGUCAUGAUCUUUGCUUUAGCAGGUUAACGAUUUAAUUAUGGUGAUAGAUCCCCCU